UUUCACUCAAAACCUUUUUUCCCCACAAUAGUGCAUUCUGUUAACAGGUAUACAGUGACUGAAAUGGCUACAACAAACAGGGAUAUUACUCUGAAACUUCUUGUAGACAAAACCUCUAGGAAGGUUGUUUUUGCUGAGGCUGGAAAGGAUUUUGUUGAUUUCCUCUUUGGGCUCUUACAGAUUCCAUUUGGUUCCAUAAUGGGGCUUCUUUGGGAAAAUGGUCUGGCUGGGUCAGGAUCCUUUGGUAGCGUCUAUGAAAGUGUAAUAAACCUUGAUCCAUACUAUCUCCAAUCCAACCUAGACAAGGACUCUCUCUUGAGGCCAAAGAUGUUUUCUUCAUCAAACAUCGAAAUGCCUCCAUUGUUACAUAACUUUUCUAGUAAAAAGAGAAAGUUUGGAAAUGAGUACCCAAUAGCUGAAUAUAUCAAUUUGACGUCUGUAGAUGCUCAAGGGUCUCCUCCUGGAUUCUCAGGCACUAGUUCCUUUGUUUCACCCCAAAAAAGUUUGAUGGUCGCACCAAAUCGAAGCAAGCAAGUGGGCUAUGUUAAAGCUAAAAAAACUUAUAUGGUAAUGGAUAAUCUGAUGCUGAAACCAAUGUCUACCAUCUCCACCAUUACUAUUCUCAACACUUUUAAUAUCAAAGAUAUUGGCGCUCUUGAGGAGAAGACCGUCCUGAUUAACUUAGAGAAGGGACUGGAGAUAGUAAAAGCCACAUUUGAAUCACAAACAGUCCUCACAAAGGUGUUCUUAGAAGAACAUAUUGAAGUAUGAACAGAAAGUUAUUCCACCAGCUUAUGAUGUGAGUAUUUAUAGUCUGUUUUCUUUUUCUACAUUAUGAUGUAUCUAGAAAUAGUAAUAGAGUGGAGAAUUGCAAUUUGUAUGGCAUUUCUCUUCUCCUAUAUACUGUUAAUUAUUAUCACUGGGGAAAAUAGGAAUGUUGACAUUGGUUUGUCUUGAAAACCCUGAAAAACAAUUCUAUGAGUCAUGAAUGAUUCUUCAAUAGAAAUGCUUUCACUAUCAUCUUCUUUGUUAGAAAAUGAUGGAAUUGAUGCAGACCAAGGUAGAACUAAAUUAUUGUU